AUGACUACAAGAGUGACCACCUCUCCAACAACACAUACAACUAUGGAUGAUGAAUCUUCAGCUUCAGGAGAAGAAGAGCCUUUGACUUCAACCACUACAAGACCAGCACCGAAAACGACUACAAGAGUGACAGCCUCUCCAACAACACACACAACUAUGGAUGAUGAAUCUUCAGCUUCAGGAGAAGAAGAGCCUUUAACUUCAACCACUACACGACCAACACCGACUACAACUACAAGAGUGACAUCCUCUCCAACAACACAGAUAAUUGCGGAUGAUGACUUUUCAGGCUCAGGAGAAGAGCCUUUUUCUUCAGCCACUACAAGACCAACACCAACUACGACUACUACAGCGAUCACAUCUCCAACAACACGGAUAAUUGUGGAUGACGACUUUUCAGGAUCAGGAGAAGAUCCUUUUACGAGACCAACACCAACUACGACUACAAGAGUGACCACCUCUCCAACAACACACAUAACUAAGCGUGACGAUGUUACAGAUUCAGGGAUAGAAGAGCCCUACAUCCCAGUUACUACAAGGUCCACAGCUAAAGUAAGGAGUGGUUCUGAAACUACAUACGUUGGAACUAAGCGUGACGAUGUUACAGAUUCAGGGAUAGAAGAGCCCUACAUCCCAGUUACUACAAGGUCCACAGCUAAACUGACAACGACUACAAGAGGGACCUCCUCUCCAACAACACACACAAUUGAGGACAAUCACUCUUCAGGGUCAGGAGAAGAAGAGCCUUUUACUUCCACCACUACAAGGCCAACAGAGACUCUGACUACAGUGGUGUCCCCUCCUCCUGAAACACUGACAACUCUGCAUGUCUUUCUACCGACCACUGGUGAAUCACUGAUCUUCCAAAACGUGACUGCUGUCCAUGUUACGAUGACCCUAAGAGGACUGAAACUGCAGACAACCAAAGGAACUUCUACAACCACAAUUCCGGCUAACACUACAACCACAGCUACCCCCACUCCCUCUACAACCACGUAA